AUGUUCUAUUCGGAGACUCUUCUGUCGAAAACCGGGCCGCUGGCCCGCGUUUGGCUGUCGGCUAAUCUGGAGCGCAAACUGUCAAAAUCACACAUCUUGCAGUCGGAUAUUGAAAGCAGUGUCAGUGCCAUCGUUGACCAAGGACAAGCGCCUAUGGCUUUGCGAUUGAGUGGCCAGCUGCUGCUGGGUGUGGUCCGGAUCUAUAGUAGAAAGGCGCGCUACCUCCUGGAUGACUGCAACGAAGCGCUGAUGAAAAUUAAAAUGGCCUUCCGGUUGACCAACAACAAUGAUCUCACCACCACCGUCGUCGCACCUGGCGGAAUUACUUUGCCUGAUGUCCUUACAGAAUCCGACCUGUUCAUGAACCUCGAUUCCUCCUUGCUCCUACCCCAGUCACUCAAUUUGGAGCCGGAAGGAAAGCAGCCCGGAUCAUCUAUGGACUUUGGUAGUCAACUUCUGCCCGAUAGCAGUUUCCGCCGCUCUGUUUCCCAGGAACCGCCACGCCUUGAAGAUCAUACUCUAGUCGAUCUCGACUUGGGAGAAGACGAGACACCGUUGGGUCAUGAUUUCAGUAUGGAAGUUGGUCGAGAUGCUCCAGCCCCACGUCCUGUCGAGGAGGAUCUCUUUAGUGAUGCUGGCAAAUUCAACGACGUUGAUCUGCCUCUGGACCUCGGUGAAGAUGAUGCUCCCUUGGAUAAAAUGGACCUCGGCGACGAUGGUCCUCAAGACACACUCCUUCAGGCGGAUGACACUCUCGAUCUCGGCGGUGACGACGGCCCGGUAAUUGAUGGCGACAAAGCCGACGAAUCCGACCGUGAUGAACUCAGCGAUAUUGAUGAUGCUGGCAUGGAGGAACUUGAACAAGCUUAUGGUGCUUCUCACCUGGGAGCAGAAGAUGUCGAAGGAAGAGACUCGGAAGAAGCUCAGGUUGAGCAAGCUCAACAUGGCCAGCGCUCCAAGCGGCGCAAGGUUGAACUACCUCCGAUGGAGGCUGAUGAGAAGAUCACCUACAGUGGCGCAGAGAUCAAGGAACUGCGUGAGAUGCACGCCGAAAUCAUUAAACCAACAUCGUCUUUGCCCCGUGACCCGGUUCUUCUCACCCUUAUGAACAUGCAGAAAAACGGAGAUUUCGUGUCGAAUGUGAUGGGUGGAGGUCGUGGACGUGGCUGGGCCCCCGAGCUCCGCGACUUGCUGUCAUUUGACGCCGUGAAAAAGGCUGGCGAACUCAAGAGGAAACGCGACAGCGGCAUCUCGGACAUGGAUAUCGAAGCGGCCACUACCCCUGCGUUGGAGCUGGGUGAAGAGGAGGCAAUUGUGCCGGUUGACGAGGGACUCGGUCUUGACUCGACGUUGAAUCAGCGGUCCGAGAUCGAAUUUCCCGGUGACGAAGAGGAGCAGGGUCUGCGUAUGAGUGAUGACGAGGGCAUGAACCAGCCAUUGGACGACUUUGACGAUACGAUCGAACCGGCGGACAGCGGGCCGGUUUCAAUCGGCACCAAGCAUGCUGUUCAUAUCCUGCGCGACCGCUUGGGAGAAUCUGCGGCCGAACAGAAGAAGAGCGUGAAGUUCCAAGAGCUUCUGCCAGAGAAGAAGGCUUCCAAGGCCGAUGCUACCAAGAUGUUUUUCGAAGUUCUAGUGCUGGCUACCAAGGAUGCCGUUCAGGUCGAACAGCGAUCUGAUGCCGUUGGAGGACCGCUCAAAAUCCGUGGAAAGCGUGCUCUCUGGGGCUCGUGGGCCGAGGAGUCUGCCGGCGGCGAGUCUGCCAGCCAAUCUGCUCCGGCAACCGCUUAG